AUGGACCAUCCAUCACGAGAGCAGAUGUUGACCAACGAGCGCGAUCCUCCUCCGCGCACAAGCCCUCUGCUGGCCCCUUUGGAAGAAGCCAUGCAUGAAGACGGCAACGCGUGGGUCCAGUCCUUCUCCAACCUGAGGUACGGUAUCAUGACGAGAAAGAGGCCUGAGGAGAUCAUGUCCUACCAGGGGCCUGCCGAGCACAAGCUAGAAACUGACCCCGAGAUGACAAGACGCUAUCAGCUUUGUCUUGACGAACAGAAGGCGCAGUACAUCCGGCAGAAGUUGGAGGAGCAGAAGUCAGAUAUCUUGAGCCAAAGACGGGUGGAACAAGAAGCUACACGGCAUCAAGAAAGACAAAGAGAGCUUCGCGCACAACAGCAACUGGCCUUCUACACCAAGCAAUACCCCCGUUAUGCACAAUUCUAUCGCCGCGAGGGCCUCUUCCGCGAUGACAAUGCCGUGGUCAAUACUGCAAGACAAGACCCUGGUGACACAGACGUUGAGAAGGCACGACGCUUGGACAAGGGCAUGAUGAGCUCCCCAUCUUACCACUUUGUUGCGCUGGAUGAUAUUGACCAGGAGGCCGGUGCUGCUACCCCAAAACUUGCCAGAACUCAACACAGCACCACAGAGGGAGUCGACGAGGAUCUAAGUACCAUGACGAGGUCGGUUGGAACGCGAAUCCGCAAGACACGACACAACACCUUCCAGUCGCCACAUCACACGACAAACCAGGCAGGGCGAAACCAUUCUUCAGAGCUACCACAAACACCGUCCGCUGGAUUCACUCCCGCCGCAUCUGGCGAUGAGGCUGACUUCUCCCGGAACAUGAUGCCACUCACAAAACAAGGUGGACCACACCGUUCUGUCCGAGACGAACCAACUCCUCCCUACCAUCCCGACGAUCAGUUGUCCUCACACGAUUUCAACAAGCCAGUGGCAGAGCGGGUAAAGUCACCAACACUGUCUGAUCUGAUUGGAAGCGAGACUCCUUCUGAAAAUGACGACGACGACAGCGACGGAGACUAUGAUUUUGAUCCAAAGAGUCCAUCUCCAGAGCCUCCAAAGCACCGCGACGUGAAAAGUUUUGGACAGAGAAAUCGCAAGGGGAGCGGCAGGACCAGGCGCUAG